GUCUGCAUAUCCGUGUUCUAUCCAUUCCACACGCCAUACCGACGGAAUUGCCCCGCCAGCGGGAGCAGGAAAAUCUCGAAAUCUCGAAAUAAUAAUUUACUUGAACGAAUCCCCGAGUUAAACCGUCCUCCGCAUGAUUAUGAGACUGAGAGUACGAUAGAUGCUCGGUUCAUUGGCAGAGCAGCAGCUUAUGUGUGCUCUCGUGCAGUUAAUCGUGAGGAAGUAAUUUGUUUGACCUGGAGGACGUGGCGAGUCUGAUUGGCCGUGGGACAAUUCAAUCGAUCUUCCCGCCAGCUCCUCCGUCCUAUGGACUCAUCGAGCGGAAUGCAACGUCGAUGAAAAAAAAAUUACGCAAUUUUCAAUUGAGUUUACACACGCAAAAAUAGCCCCGAAAAAGAGAGGGAAAUCGGAGCAUCCGGUUGCGUCCAGUAUUACGUGUUAACGGAAAAUCAAACAUCCAAUCCGUGGGACCAGCCUCCAAAAACAACGGAGAUUAGAGUGCGUGAAAAUCCUUCAAUCUCUCGUUUAUUUUUUAAUCAAUCCAAACAACAAUUAAAAUAAAAAUUCAACUGUCGAGUUAUUGCUGUGUUCACCUGUAAUUGUGGUGGUGUGCAAUGACAGAGGAUUGAGUAAAGCCAGUGGAGAAUGAGAAUUAACUUUUCUGAAUUGAAGUUGAAGAAUUAAUCCGGCACAUGUGAACGGAGCGAAACAAAAUUGUGGGACUAGAACUUUUCGGGAGAACUUGAGGAAUAGAGUGAAGUGGAGAGUGAAGGAGUGAGGAACCGCAGACCGUUGGGACUCGACCUUUAGCGAACUUUGGAAUAGGAUGGACGUCAAUGUUGGGGGCAUUUUUGCACUGAUGUGCAUGGUUUUCUUGGCUGGAGAUGUCGAGUCGCAGUUUAGGGAUAAAAAUAUAAGCAUAAAUCAAGAGGCAGAUGCAGUUCAGAUGCUGUUAGCUAGGUACCUAAGACGUCGUCUGCAGGCUACUCAGCUGUCAACGCCCCCACCGCCCUCCGUCCUGUUCUCGUCAAAUCAGCAUCGGGCUAAUGUUCGUCAAGCAACAAGACGACAGAACGAUUUACCGUCAACGUUAGAUGAGACCGAAGCGAGAGAUAAGAAAGAGUUUCAGAGGGAAGAGGGAGAGUUUGAUGAUGACGCUGAUGAUCUCCAAGGGAUCGAGGACAGCGAUAGGGGGAGAACGAGGAUUGAUUUGCUUGCCGAUGACUGUCCCAAUUGCGUGGAUGAACAUGCCGGAGGCCUCGCCGCACCCUCGAGGUGGACAAUGCCCCUCUUGAAACUCGGGGAGAAGAGAUACUAUCUCGGUAUUUUUUUCAAGGCAAAUUGGUACAGAGCCUCUCAGUAUUGUCGUUACCACGGUAUGCACUUGGCUAGCAUUGCGUCGCAGGAAGAAAACGACAGACUGGAGAAGCACAUCAAGGACUUUGGAUUGGGUCAUGAGCACUUCUGGACAUCUGGCACCGAUCAGGCUGAGGAGGGCACGUUCUUCUGGAUGGCAAAUGGUAGACCCAUUACCUUCGAGAACUGGAACGUCGGGGAGCCAAAUAAUUUUCGGUACGAAAACGGUGAGGAGGAGCACUGCCUUGAACUUUGGAAUCGCGAUGGAAAGGGACUCAAAUGGAACGACAGUCCCUGCAGUUUCGAAACCUACUUCGUCUGUGAAGUUCAGUGAUUUCAAACUCCCAUCGCGGGAAGAUAAUGAAUAACGAGGAAGACCUUGACACUUGGGCGCAUUUUGUAACUAAAGAAUUAUAUUAACGCCAAAGGACGGAUGAGUGUGAAUGGGAAUAAGUGUCAAUGGGUAUCGUACAUUUUUUAGCGCCAGCAUAAUGCCCCACACCUUGUGGCACGCACGAAAAAAUUUAAUAGAAAAACCGAGCGAAUUCGAUGGAAAAUUCUAUUAGAUUUCAGUUCUAAUGCGCGUUUUUAUUUAAUAAUGCAGAAAAAAUGUACAGAAUGUCAACUUUCUAUUGAAAUCUUUUCUAUAGGAAUUCCCUGACCCAAUUUUCUCAAUUUUAUCACGUUGUUUAAAUAAAAAAAUGAACAAAAAAAACUCAAAAAAUAUCCCAGGAAUUUCCAUAGAAAUUUAAUUUCUUUUUAAAGAUUGCAAAGACAUGCAUGACAUGGGAAAAAUUCAAGUGCUGCGGAUAAAAAACUACUUUAAACGGAAAUCUAAUAGAAUUAUCAAGCGAAUUCUCUAAAAAAAUAUUUUUUCUAUUGAACUAUUUUGUCCGUGGGGUUUCAUCCGUAAAAAAGUGACGACGUUGCUUCAAAUUUACAUUCAUCACAACCUCGAUGAGCUCUAAGAAUUUUUUCGAGGUUUCGUUUCGAAUUUGUAAUCAAUAACUUUGAUAAUUCGAAAACAAAAUCGAAGAAUUCAUCCAUAAUUCAACUGACAUUAUAGAAAAUCCAAAUAUGUAAAUUCCGAACGAAUGUCGUCAUUUACCCUUUCGAACGAAAUACCUUAACAACUCGGGGAAAAUUAAUACCAGUGAUGGUACUACGUAUUCUGUAAAGCUAUUUAUGUACGUUAGAUCGUGUACUAUAGACAUUUUUUCUUUCUGAUUAUUUUUGUGAGGUACAUUUCUACGAUGUCCUUCCACGCUAACGUUACAUUAAUUACUAGACGAAUAAGGGAUAGAAUAAGCAUAGCGAUAAUUCACGUGUGUGAAGGGGAUCGUGUAUCGUGUAUUUUGUUUGUUGAAAAUAAAAAUUAUUCAGACAGAA